AUGAGAUCAGGCUCACCAUUUCCACCACAACAAGCCACAGUCCAACCGAAGACCUGGAACAAGGCGCUCAAAGCAAAAAUCAUGCAGGCUGCCAGAAGAAAGCCUCGCUACCUCUUCUCAUCUGCCAUCUUGAACGACGACAUGGAGCACAGCGCGAUGCUCACGCGUGAUGGUAUUGUGCCUCAACUGUUCAGGCAUGGAUUCUAUGGCUACUCGAUGUCGAAAGCUGCCAACGAGCCACCUCCUUCUAGCAUCUUCUCUAUGCCCCUGGCAGAAGUUCGAUACCACAACACCACUAACUUUCUAGCACGAGGCCCGCAUAGCGAACGGAGCGCAAUGUGGUCACUGUGGUUCUCCUCCCUGCGCGAGGCAGCCGAAGAAGCUGUCCUCCGAGAAGCCAUGUCUACUCAAUAUGCCCCAGUUGCCCAUGAAGUCUACAUACUCGUCAUGGACACGCAUAAUCUGUCCGACGACAAUUUGGUAUUGCACGAGUCGGACAAGUAUCUCUUAGAGGAUUGGAAUAGCGUUUCAGAGAUCCGAGACUCAUUUCUGACAUUUGGUGUAAUUCCUGCAGAAGCCUUCGAGAUGGUGCCACUAAGUGUGCUUCGCGAACACACAUCGUAUACAGGAGCUUUGAGCAGCGCUUCAUUGGCACCAAUCGACGUUUUGAAUAAGCAUGAUGCACCAAGAGAUUUAGCUCACGCAAUCCACCUGGCUCAUAUGUUUGGGCAGGCCUUUGGGCCUAAGCUCGCGCUGCCUGUAGCAUGCAUAGCCAUUACCGCUAGUGCUGGAACACACACGAAUGAUGCGGGUUCGCUUGGUAAAGGGUCUACUCACGAAGCCGAAAUCGCAGCCGCUUUCGACUACUAUGACAUCCCAGAAUCAAUACUGAAAGACCGCUCGAUCGUGAAGGAGAAGCCAUCGAUUCACGUGAGCCGUGACACUCGUCGCGGCUUGAGUCUAUUACGGAUAAUCGUCAAGCGCAAGCAGGGUAUACUAGAGUCAAAGGCAAGAUCCAUGCUUCAAGACCAGAGUACAGACGCGAAAGCUACAGACAGAAGAUGA